AUGGGGUGCUUCAACACCCACGCUUCGGGGACGAACGACCCCCCGGAAGUACGGAACUGGCGCAUCCAUUUCAUUGCACUUGUGGCUUCCAUGUCAGCUUUAGCAUUGGGCUACGACAGUGCCGUGAUCGGUGGGACGAUGGCUCUCGACUCCUUCGUCCGGGACUUUGGACUUCUCAAUGCCACGCAGUCCAAGAGGGAUGAAGUCCAAAGCAACAUCGCUGGCUGCUUUUUCGGCUCGCUUUUCACCUUCCCUAUUGCUGAAAAACUAGGACGCAAACGAGCCAUACUCAUCGCGUCCUGCGUCUUCCUUCUUGGUGGUACAGUAAUGACAGCCUCUAAUGGCAAUAUGAACAUGAUCAUUGGCGGUCGCGCCGUCGCUGGUUUAGGUAUCGGAGCCUGUGCCCUCGUCGUGCCAGUGUAUAUCGCCGAAACAGCCCCACCAUCCAUCCGAGGCCGUUUAAUCGGGAUAUUCGAGAUUGCGUCUCAAGGAGGAGGGAUGCUCGGUUUCUGGAUCAACUACGCAACCGAUCAGAUUGUCGCCAACGACGCCAAGACGCAGUGGAUAGUUCCUCUGGCCUUCCAAUUGGUACCAGGGGUUCUCUUAUUUGUCGGCAUGAUGUUCUGCCCAGAAAGCCCUCGGUGGCUGGCUAAGGGCGACAACUACGAGUCAGCGGAACGCGUGCUGACCAUGAUCCGCGGACUUUCGAGUGAUCAUUCUUACAUCAGACAUGAGAUGGGCGAGAUACGGACCCAGAUUGAGCAACGAAGCACCACGAAAAUGAGCAAAACCGCCAAGGCGAAGAAGUUAUUCCAGAAAGGUGUUCGGAACCGCCUGGGUAUCGGACUAGCCCUUGUGUUCCUCCAAAGCUUUACUGGUGUGAACAUCCUUAUGUAUUAUUCCCCGCGAAUUUUCGAAACACUUGGAGUUACUGGAACCUCUACCAAGCUCUUCUCAACCGGAUUUUAUGGAGUUGCAAAGACCCUCGGUAUGAUUACUUUUACUGUCCUCGUCAUUGAGAAGGUUGGGCGACGCAAAGGCAUGAUAUGGGGUUCGGCUUUAGGAUAUAUCCCGAUGUUCUACAUUGGGUCGUACGUCAUGAAAGCCAAUCCCAUCGAGGCAGCAGCAGCUGGAAGACCUGUCGCCAAGGACGGCUGGGCACACCUCGCUAUUACUUGUGUUUACAUCCAUGGGUUCAUUAUCACAGCUACAUGGCAGGGGAUUACAUGGACGGUCUGCUCUGAGAUAUUUCCCCUGGACAUCCGCAUGCUGUGCGUAGCUCUCACGACAGCAGACACGUGGGUCGGAUCGUUCAUAAUCGCACGAACAACACCGUACAUGAUUUCUGAUCUGGGCUACGGAGCAUACUUCUUCUUUAGUGCUAUCCUGGUCGGCAUGGGAAUUUCUCUUGAGGACAUGGACGCUUUAUUCAUGAGGCCUACUCACAAGAUGGUUUGGGCUCAACUGCGGCGGAAGCCCUUCCCCACGGAGCGAGUAGAGGCCGAGGCAGACGUUAAGGAUCUGGAAAUUGAGGAAAUUGAGAAAAGAUGA